GGUGUUUUCUGGUUCAAGUUUGGUUCUGUGUUUCGAUAGUUCUUGCGGGUGUUAUACAGUUUUUUUUGUGUUUUUCUUUUGACAUUUUACCCCUUUUCCCCUGGACUGUUAUUUUCCUGAACCAAAGACACAAUAUUCUGACAGCUGGACUGUACUUGGUCACAUUUCCUUUGUUUGCAUCAUCCCCGUCUCUUCAUUUCUUUCUUCGAUUUUGUUUUCAGGUUAGGUUUCCACAGUCCGUGUCUGCAGAGCUGCACCUGAAGAGAGUUGAGUAUACUACUCGUGUGCCUGAUCUCUGCUCGUCCUCUCCUUCGUCAGAGCCGACCAGCACUGCACAAUGACUCUUCGGCAGCGGCAAGCAAGGAGGACGUCUCCUAAAUUUCUCAGCCGCCCUCGGCAUGACUUGCCUCGUCGUCAGCUGCCCCCAGGUGCUCCUCCUGGGGAAAACAUCGCGGAAUUGAGUGACUCUGACUCGGCAUCCGACUCGGAGGAUGAUCAAACACUGCCCAGUCUGCCCCCAUCUCAGACGCCCCCUUCAACCCCGACAACCCGUCUCCCGUCGCAAGGGACACCUUCUGUGCCUGGGGUGGAGGUUCCGCCUCCUAUUGCAGAACCCCCCGCUGGUCAACAGCCUGCUCCUGAGCAACCUGCGGGAAACUUCCCCGGUGGCGAUGCCGAUGAUGCUCUGCUCCCCCCCAUCAGGCCGAUCACGACAUUCCUCGUCUCGGCACCUUCUAUCCCAACAGCGACAAUCCAACCACCCGCAGCCAACGCCCCGGUCCCCGUAGAACCUACAGCGACAACCUUUCCUUUGCCGCCGGUUGUCGAUGUCAAUAGGCCUGUCCCAUCUGCCGAGAUAGCUCCCCCGACGGGUCUUGUCCCCCCUGGCCCCGCUCCUACUUCCAGCCAGUCACCAGUCACGACCACGGAGACCAAUGCCGUCCAACCUACGUCUGGGAGCUCGUCUACAACAACAAUACCCGACUCGACUUCCAUCGCCCCCAAUCAAGUAUCGUCCAGUCCUACUGGAGACGCACAAGGUGCCGAUCAGCCAUCGACCACACCAGCCCCGACAGGAGGUGACGCCGACCGUGGCGUGGCCGUGGGUAUAACGUUUGGAAUUAUAGGGAUUCUCGCCGUGCUCAUCGCCAUUGGCGUUUUCAUCUACAAGAAGAUGCACAAGAAUAAGCCAGACGUCGAAGCGCCUCCCGUACCCUCUGCUGCUCGACCUCAGUCGAUCCGUACAUCUCGUAUCAUGAGCAGAGUACUCAUUGCGCACGACACGGAGCAGAAUGAUGCGGGUAUGACUGGUUACUACAGCGAGAAACAAGGCGAGCCACUUCCGCCUAUGCCGCAGACUCUCCAGCCUGUCGCCCCAGUGUACGGCAACCACUACCAGGCCUAUAGACCAGUGACCUCGAGGGGAUUGCCUAUAGCCCAGAUGGGCCCCGACGGUAGAUACGUCGGGUGA